UGAGUUCAGUAGUGAAGCAGGUUUUCAGCUGACGAUGGAGAUUUGCAGCCUUAGAAACAUUUUCUAUAUUGCUCUUCUUACAGCAGGACAAUGUGAGACGACUAUGAGUACAGAAGUGAUAUUGAAAAUGGAUGAGGCGUUACUAACAGUCCAAAAUCAGAUGUCCUAUGGGCUUCAAGUUCUCUACACCUCAGAUUACUGCUAUAAGUGUCUGUACCAACCUUUGGCUAGCAUGGAAGUUGGACCAGGAAGUGUGUCUGUGGUCCUAAGCACACUUUUCACGCUAACUUUGAAAACCUCACCUGUAAAUGCCAAUUACACUUUGUGCAGCUUAAGCUAUCUUUUUGAAGAGGCAGGACAUUAUUCUCUUUGGGUCACACCUGGAGAUACACAUAAUGUAACUUGCUAUAUUUCUCUGGAUAAGUUUCCACAUAGCACCUACCAACCUUUGUGGGUAGCUGCUCUUGUUCUAGUCCUUUUAGCUUGUAUUUGGGCCUCUGUACCUUCUGUGUCCAGAUGUAGCUGCACAUUAAAACUCAAAAAACUCAUUUGCUGUUGUGGAGCUAAAUUCUCCACAGAAAGAGAAGAGGACACAAAUGGAGCUAGUGUGGACCAAAGCCAACCAAAGUCAUCCCGUUUAAAAUCAUUAGACACAUUCCGAGGCUUCUCUAUAACCCUGAUGGUGUUUGUGAACUAUGGAGGUGGAGGAUAUUGGUUCUUUCAGCAUGCACCAUGGAAUGGCCUUACCAUAGCCGAUCUUGUAAUGCCCUGGUUUGUAUUCAUCAUAGGGACAUCUGUAAUGUUAGCAUUUAGUUCUAUGCGAAGGAAAGGUGUGACAAGGUUCCAGCUUUUGCGCAAACUAAGCUGGAGAACAGUGGUGCUGAUUCUCAUCGGAUUCUGCUUUAUUAACUACAGCCCCAGAGAUGGUUUACUCUCAUGGUCCUGGCUGCGGAUACCUGGAGUACUCCAGCGUCUGGCUUUCACCUACUUCGUCCUGUCAUUGAUGCAGAUGUUCUCUCCCUUGCAAGAGAUCCCAUCAAGUCAGAUCCGCUGGUGGAGCCCUGUUCAGGAUGUGGUGCUUUAUUGGCCUGAGUGGAUUUUUAUUUUGCUGCUGGAGACGUUGUGGCUGUGUGUCACCUUCCUGCUGCCUGUGCCCAACUGCCCUACUGGGUAUUUAGGAGCUGGAGGUAUAGGAGAUAAUGGUCUUUACCCAAACUGCACAGGAGGGGCUGCUGCAUAUAUAGAUAGGUGGUUAUUAGGAAACAAUAUCUACUGGCAUCCAACAUGCAAGGCUUUGUAUCAAACAACUCAGCCAUUUGACCCUGAAGGAGUCCUAGGUACUAUUAAUUCUAUUGUCAUGGGAUUCAUGGGCAUGCAAGCAGGAAAGAUUUUCCUUUUCUACCGCAAAAUGAACAAGAAGAUCAUCAUACGAUUCACAAUCUGGGCUGUCAUCCUGGAAAAUCCUGCUGCUGACUUGUUUUGGGGUCUGGUAGCAGAGUUUCUGGAAUGGACUCUCAAGAGAGCACAUGUGCUGAUUGAGGGCUUUUGUCUGGCAGACUCAAGACAUUGGCUUCAACAGCACAGUGACCAGAGGGAACCUCAGCCAACCUCAGUGUUUUAGUUAUAUGAACGUUAUCAAAUUGAUUUUGUGUGAACUUAGGGAAGCAAUGAAAUCUGCAAUAUUUUUAUUUAUAUUUAUUUAUAUUUAAAAUCUUUUAUAGCUUAUAAUUUAAUUUAAAACUUUGUUACUCAUUAUGCAGUUGAGUUUUAACCUGGUAACUAAAUUGAAUGGAACACCAAAAAACUUUGAUAAAUUGCUGAUGAAAUGAGGCAGGUAUGAAAAAAUGUAAAUCAUUUACAGUAACUACAUAAGGACUGCCUGGAAAGUGAUUUUGAAACCCUGGCUCAGGUUCAACAAGGCUCCUCAAAGAUGUUUUGUUCAGGAUCUUGCUUGAUGCUCUCAGGAACAUUGUUAUUCAGGAUUUAACAAACUGGAAUUUAUCUGGAGACAUUAAACUGUUUUCAGACAUUGAGCUCUAAACAGCAGUAGGUCUGAAAUUCAGAUAAAAAAAUUCAUUCAGUAUUUGUAGAGUGUUAGAUGUACUAUUAUUUGCAGCUGUAUAUACAAAACAACAUUGAUAUUGUGAUAUAAGGCAGUAAAUAAUAAUUUAUCUGCACAACUGAUUUAUUCAUGAUCGUUGCAUUGCAUCGCAUUGUCUCCUUCCAAGGUUCUAUCACUGUUAUUUUGUGAAAUUAAAAUAAAUAGAUUUUUUUCUAUUAUAUAUAUAUAUAUAUAUAUUUAUAUUUAUUUAAUUGUUUUUUUUAUUAAUACCUUUUAAAUAAAAAGGUAGAUUAUGCGUUUUCAGUUAUCAUAGAAAGCUACAUUAAGGGAGAGCCCCUGUUGUGAUCCCAGUGUUAGAAGAUGCCUGAUCCAGUAUUUCAGUGUUUUUUAAAUUUUAUUAUCCUCAGCUCCUAUGACAAAUUGGCCCAUUACAGCCUCCAUGUUGAAUCACACUGGCCAUAAUGGCAGAGCUAUAGUGCUCAGGGUGCUGAAAUAAAGGAAGGGAGAUCUGUUACACUUCACCUGAAGGCACAGCAUGAUACAAUAAACUAGCCAACAGUAAAACAUUAUGUGAAAUAAAAUAAAGUGUUAUAUUCCCAAUUUUCAUGUCUGCUGAAGGUUCCGUCGAGAAAACAUAAGGCACAAGUGUGUGGUCAUGGUUUGCUUAAAAUAUUGCCUUUACAAUGUCUUCAUCAGUCAGACCAGAGAGGAUUUUUUGUCAGAGAGUGUCUAGUUUUAUAUAUACAGCAUAAAGCAUUGGUACGAUUAUGAGUAGAUCUAGAAACCUUUGAGUAGUUUAAUGUUAAAUACAACCUUUCCUACACUCCAGGCUAGACUGAAAUUUAUUGGCACACAGAGCUUUGGACACUGUAUAUAUGCCUUGACUUCAGCAAGCACCAGAACAACUAUUAGUUAUCACUGACACUCUCUGGAGGACAGUACGAUUUAAGUGGACAAGAUGCAGGUUGAACAGUCUGUUAUAUGGUUAAUGACACAUGGGGUUAUAUUCUGGUUAAGUAAGCAUAAUUGUUUCCCACCACAUCAACAACAUAAUAAACCAUAAUCUGAGAGUGAGACUAGGAACUGUGAUAUGAAUCCUGUGGUGUGAGACAAUCUUUUGAGGCUGUUGUGCCCCUGUGUCCUCAUAAAGAAUACCCCAGAGUUAAUUAGAGUUCAACGAUCAGUGGUUGGCUGUGUGAGAUUAAAAUUGAGCGAUUGCCCCACAUAGCAGUGAUAGUCCUCCAUCCUGCCUACAUAGCCUGGAGACUCAAUCUAAAGCCAGCCAAGCUAUUUCCACAUCAUUGAUUCUGUCAUCCAUACAAAUGAUGGAUAUUCCUCUAACGAGCAGGUCUGGAUGCCGAUAUGUCCUCCCCAGCCAAAGUAAAAUACUUUUGUCCAAGUCAUUGUCUGCUUUAGAAAAAUACACUUAUAUAUUUUAUGUGACAGGAACAUUGUGUUUAGUAACAAAGAAAGUAUGUGUGUAAUAACAAAGGAUGUAAAACAUCUAGCCUAAAGCAUGUUAUAUAUAAAAUAAAAGUGCAUUAAAAGUUCUUCUUGGCUCAUGAAUGAUACUAGUGUGUUAGUAUUACUGUUGUGUUUUGUCUAGAUCUGUAAAACUUGGCUAGAUUCACCUCUUAGAAGCUCUGCUAAUCUGCCUGAAUCUUUAUUGUGCUGCUCUAGAUCUCCAGUGUCUGAGAGUGCUUGCUUUAUGGCUCAGCAUUGAUUUGAAAUCUGU